UAACAGGUCUCUUGCCUGCUGCUGGACAUGUAGCCUUCUGUGGUCAACAGAUCUGCUGCAGACCUGCUCUUACUCAGGGAUUCAGAAGACUGAUUCCUGAAUGGUGGACAAGCAAGCUUCCAGGGACACAGUCUAGAAGGAGCCAUGGCUGUACCAUUCCGGAAAGAGUUGGAGAAAUACAAAAACAUCAAUGAAGACGAAAUUCUCAGCAAACUCUCAGAGGAUGAGCUAAAACAGCUGGAAAGCGUUCUUGAUGACCUGGAUCCAGAGAAUGCACUUCUGCCAGCAGGCUUCCGACAAAAGGACCAGACUGAUAAAACUGCUACAGGACCCUUUGACCGGGAACGGCUGUUGUCCUACUUGGAGAAACAAGCAUUGGAGCACAAGGACAGGGAAGACUUUGUACCUUUUACGGGAGAAAAGAAAGGAAAAGUAUUUGUCCCCAAAGAAAAACCCACAGAAACCCAUACAGAGGAGAAAGUGACCCUGGAUCCAGAAUUAGAAGAAGCCUUGGCCAGUGCUUCUGAUACUGAACUGUACGAUCUGGCAGCUGUUCUUGGAGUGCACAACCUGGUCAACAACCCAAAAUUUGAUGAGGGAAUCACCAGUAAAGAUGGUAAAGAAAUUGUGAAAAAUGUGGUCAAAGGAGAAAAAGUCAAACCAGUUUUUGAAGAACCACCUAACCCAACCAAUGUAGAAGCCACUUUGCAAAGGAUUAAGGCAAAUGAUCCUACACUCCUGGAAGUGAAUCUGAACAAUAUAAAGAAUAUUCCAAUUCCAACACUGAAAGAGUUUGCAAAAGCUUUGGAAACUAAUACAUAUGUGAAGAAAUUCAGCUUGGCCGCUACUCGGAGCAACGAUCCCGUUGCCAUUGCUUUUGCUGAUAGUUUGAAAGUGAACAAGACGUUGCAAAGUCUAAAUAUAGAAUCCAAUUUCAUCACCGGGACUGGCAUCCUUGCCCUCAUUGAAGCCUUAAAAACAAAUGAGACACUGACAGAGAUCAAAAUUGACAAUCAGAGACAGCAGCUUGGCACAGCCGUAGAGAUGGAGAUUGCUCAGAUGCUGGAGGAGAAUGCUCACAUCCUCAAAUUUGGGUACCAGUUUACAAAGCAAGGCCCAAGGACAAGGGUAGCAGCAGCCAUCACUAAAAAUAAUGACCUAGUUCGCAAGAAACGAGUGGAAGGAGAACGCCACUAGCCUUGCCUCUAUCAACCUGAAUAAGCUGCCCAUCAAAGAGAGCGGGUCAGUCUGCAGUCUCAGAAAAUUCUCUGAAGGGAAGACACUGGAAAGCCUUUAGGACAAGGCUGCUCGUGCUCCAUUACUCUCAUUCUUUCUUUUUAAACAAAACAAUCAAGUCUGAUUUUCUUUUAAAUAUUGGUGAAAUUUUUUUUUGAUUUAUUUACUUAAAGCCGAUAUACACACCAUGCAGGGCAAAUGGGCUUUCCUGUGGAACUUCUGAAACCACUAUGAACAUUUUGUUGGCCUUUCCCUCCCUCUUUUUUUAAAAAAACAAAACCAGUUAAAGGCUGCUAGAUAUAAAAUGAGGUC